CGUCGCCCGCAGCAUCUCGGGGUGCACAGGAGGGGAAGGAGGCUCGUGCUUAGGUUCCCAGCAACUCGCAGCGUGGCGACUCCAGUCCGGAAGGGAAGCUGCGCGCCCAGCCGAGGGCGUCCCCGGGGCGGGGUCCUGGUCCCCAGCUGUGCAGCCUCAGCGCGGCAGGGGCGGAGCCAGCAGCACCAGAUGCGGCGGUGCGGCUCAGGGCUCGGACCCCGGCUGAGAAGCGCUGCCUGGGCCAGCAAGAAGCGGAGGGGGCAGAGCCACGGGGACACGCCGCGGUGUCCUCCCGGCGUCUGGACGCUGGAUCAGCGCCCCGCAGGAUCACGGUUCGUUUUGUCCAGCGAGUCUGCUUAGCUCUCUAACUCUUUCGACAUCGGGGACCCAGGUUCGGGGUUGGCUGGAGUGGUGGACCACGCUGGCAGGGAUGCUGCGCAGCUGCAGGUGCUUUGGACGCUGCUUUGCUCUUCGAGCUGAGAAUGAGGUGGUCUUCACACACAGCUCCUUUACAGCUCUGGGGAAACAGUAAAGAGUAUAGAACCAGUGUACAAGCAGAGUCCUAGAAGCCUGGCAAAAUGAAGGAUCGGCUUGCAGAGCUUCAGGAAUUGUCCAGGAGCUAUGAUCAGCAAUUCCCAGAUGGGGACGAUGACUUUGAUGCUCCUCAGGAGGACAUCGUGUUCGAGACCGACCACAUCCUGGAGUCCUUGUACAGGGUCAUCCAGGACAUCCAGGAUGAAAACCAGCUGCUUCUGAUAGACGUGAGGCGCCUGGGGAGGCAGAAUGUCCGCUUCCUCACGUCCAUGCGGCGCCUCAGCAGCAUUAAGCGCGACACCAACUCCAUCGCCAAGGCCAUCAAGACCCGAGGCGAAGGCAUCCACCAGAAGCUGCGCUCCAUGAAGGAGCUGAGCGAGCAGGCAGAGGCCCGGCACGGCGCGCACUCGGCGGUGGCUCGCAUCUCACACGCGCAGUACAGCGCGCUGGCCCGCGCUUUCCAGCAAGCCAUGUACGAGUACAACCAGGCCGAGAUGAAACAGCGCGACAACUGCAAGAUCCGCAUCCAGCGGCAGCUGGAGAUCAUGGGCAAGGACAUGUCGGGCGAGCAGAUUGAGGACAUGUUCGAGCAGGGCAAGUGGGAUGUAUUCUCCGAGAACCUGCUGGCCGACUUGAAGGGCGCGCGGGCGGCGCUCAACGAGAUCGAGAGCCGCCACCGCGAGCUCCUGCGCCUGGAGGGUCGCAUUCGCGAUGUGCACGAUCUCUUCCUGCAGAUGGCUGUGCUGGUGGAGAAGCAGGAGGACACGCUGAACGUCAUCGAGCUCAACGUGCAGAAGACCCUCGACUACACCGGCGAGGCCAAGGCGCAGGUGCGCAAGGCGGUGCAGUACAAGAAGAAGAACCCCUGCAGGACCAUCUGCUGCUUCUGUUGUCCCUGUGUCAACUAGCAGCUGGCUUGAGUCUCCGCUGCAUGUGCCAUGUGGGGAAACAUGUCCAGGAUGCCCAGCCAAAGGCAUCCUGCACUGGGCCGAGGGAGAGGGUCCCAAUACCUUGCAGAAUUCAGAGCAUAGAGAAAGUGGGGGUUGGGAUGCAAGAUUUGGAGCCCAGCACCUGCUGCCUUGAAGGGAUUGUUGUUAAUAUCCAAUGGCUACUUAAUGUAGACAGAUUUCCACUGGCGUUGUGUGAUGUCAUUAUAAAAUACAUAGCCCUCAGCAUCACGGGGAGGAACUAAGGUCAUUUGCUAAGAUGUGUGUCUUGAAUUCUAAAGGAGGAAGCCAAGAGAACAGGAUGCUAAUAGUAUGAGUACGUUAUCAAAAGCUGCCUUUGUUUGUCCUCUCUGGAAAGUUCCUUGGUGCUAUAUGGUUUUGAAUGACAUUCACUUCAGUAUUCAUUACUUCUGUACAUUUUCGGGUAACUUUGACCUUGGGUAAAUUGGGAGCCAUUCACUUCUGAUUAUUUAUGUUGUGUGAGCCCUGCGUGAACUCCUUCCCUUGGCUCGCUCCCACUACGCAUGAACCCUCACUGGACACUGGUUCCUUACCUCUCUCACCGUUUAUAACGUCCACCAGUUUAUAUAUGAAUAUUUUUAAAGCACCAAAUAUUGAACAAGCACUCAAGUUGAGCUUUAUAUUGGUCACAUUUUAUGGAUUUUUCACAGAUAACAUUUAUUUAAAAUUUAUCUUUGUACUUCAUUUCAUAUGAAUAUGGGCGUGAUUGUAAACUAAUCUUCACUCCCAUGUGUACAUUAAUGGCCAAUUGGAUUGACUUUGCUUUUGGAAAUUCUGUACAUAAACAACAAGAGCAGUUUUUGGUGUGUGUCAUUGUUUGAUGAUCCUGAGUGUAUUUCAUGCCUGUCUGCACAGUCCAGUUUGGGUCUAACUUUAUUUUGAACAACUGUGUGCUGUCAUUAAUAAAGAUUAACGAGGAAGAUUGAAAACUUGUGAAACAGCUAGAGAUACUAAAGCGAGGUUCUUGGGAAUAGUAAUCUACCUUGCUCCGAGUCAUUCCUUUCUCCAUUA